UUUCUUGGUAUAUUAAAUAUAAGAUUAAUACUUCAAGUUGCUGAGUUGAGAAAGAGAUGCUUGAAUCAAAAGAAUUCCUUUUUUGAAGUUCAAUUUUUAUCAGAGGACAAUAUGAAUAUUACACCAUGUUCCAUUAAAACACUCAAGGGGUUAUAUGAUAUAUCGGGUGUAGAAGUAGGGCAACACUUCUAUUGGCAAAUAGGAGGUUUCCAAAUUCAUGCCCAAGUACUCAUCACUUCUUGGGUCGUAAUUACUAUUUUGCUAGGUUCAGUUAUCAUAGCUGUUCGGAAUCCACAAACCAUCCCGACCGAUGGUCAGAAUUUCUUCGAAUAUGUCCUUGAGUUUAUUCGAGACUUGAGCAAAACUCAGAUUGGAGAAGAAUAUGGUCCCUGGGUUCCCUUUAUUGGAACUAUGUUCCUUUUUAUUUUUGUUUCGAAUUGGUCAGGUGCUCUUUUACCUUGGAAAAUUAUAGAGUUACCCCAUGGGGAAUUAGCAGCGCCCACGAAUGAUAUAAAUACUACUGUUGCUUUAGCUUUACUAACAUCAGCGGCAUAUUUUUAUGCGGGUCUUAGCAAAAAAGGAUUGAGUUAUUUCGAAAAAUAUAUUAAACCAACCCCAAUCCUUUUACCUAUUAACAUCCUAGAAGAUUUCACAAAACCAUUAUCACUUAGUUUUCGACUUUUCGGAAAUAUAUUGGCGGAUGAAUUAGUCGUUGUUGUUCUUGUUUCUUUAGUCCCCUUAGUAGUCCCUAUACCGGUCAUGUUUCUUGGAUUAUUUACAAGCGGUAUUCAAGCUCUUAUUUUUGCAACGUUAGCCGCAGCCUAUAUAGGUGAAUCCAUGGAAGGUCAUCAUUGAAUUAACUAGUUUUUGAAAUAGUCUUUCUUUUUUUAGCUUAGCCCAAUUCAUGCAUGAUUCCGGAUAAUCCUCUUAGUUGGAAAACUAAAUAGUUCGAAAGGCGUAUGAAUAUACAACCUAGAGUUGUAGGAGAGAGAAUAGACUAUAUUAUGGAAGAGGUAAAGUAUAUAUGCAUUCAGGGGGGCCAAGUCAGGUUAGAUCUAUAUCUUUAAUGCCUAUAAGACAGUCAUCUUUUGUGUGGCUUUCUAAAGAAUGAUUUUAGAAUCGGAUUCAAUAGAAAAUGAGAAAAUAGGCAAACAAAAUAGAAGAAACAAAUGUAUAUGGGAUUUUUUUUAUUCCUAAGUUAGAUUCAUUAUCUAAUCCGAUAUAUAGAAUUCCCUUCUAUAUGGAACUGGAUUCCAUAUCUAGUUCUAUUGCAGCAUAUUGUUAUCAAUUGUAUAUCUUGAUUUGAUUCCUAUUGGAUUUGGAUUAGUUCGAUUUCAAUAGGGGUUCUUCCUGUAUUUCGUCUUUUAUUAUGUUAGAUGAAGGGGAAAAAAUGGGAACUCAAAGAUAUCGAAGAGUAAAAAAAAGGAUGGAAUAAAAGAGUGAUUGGUUGAAAAGAAAGAGAAAUAGAAUAAUGAGAAUCAUAUGGAUUUACACAAACCUCUAAUGAUUAGAAACUAAAAACGAGAUCUCGAAGUAAUUCGAACGAUUUCGAUUAUCAUUUAUUUGUACUUAUUAGUUACUUCUACCCGAUAGAGCUUAGAAGUUGGAAGUAAUAAUUUCUUGGUUGAUUGUAUCCUUAACCAUUUUUUUUUUGACACGAGGAACUCAUCAUGAAUCCACUAAUUGCUGCUGCUUCCGUUAUUGCUGCUGGAUUGGCCGUAGGGCUUGCUUCUAUUGGGCCCGGAGUGGUCAAGGUACUGCUGCAGGACAAGCUGUAGAAGGUAUUGCGAGACAGCCAGAAGCAGAAGGUAAAAUAAGAGGUACUUUAUUGCUUAGUCUAGCUUUUAUGGAAGCUUUAACAAUUUAUGGACUGGUUGUGCACCUAGCGCUUUAUUUGCGAACCCUUUUGUUUAAUCCUAAAAAAGAAAAUGAGCCCUUUAGAUUAGAUACUUUUUUCUUUUUUUAGUACAUUGGCAUUUGCUUAUGUAAUUCUAAGUAUAUCAAUACUUUACUUUACUCCUAUUUAUUAUAUUAUUUCUUUUUUAUAUUAUUCCGGAAAUUUUGUAUUUAUCGGGACAGACAAUACCCUAGGAACCCCAAGAAGGGCUGAUUUGAGCAUGAUCAAUUUAGAGGAUAUGCUCGCCCUCUUCCUUCCCGUCCUUAGUUUAGGACAGUGGAAAGUAUUUUUCCUUUUAUUUUAGGAAUUUUGGGAACAUUUCAACAAAGGAGAUCUUUCACAGGUCAAACGAGACCUAAGACUUAAUCUAAAAGAAAUUAUUAGAUUGAAUCUAUUUGCAUUAAAAAAACCGAUCAAAAAAGGACGAGCGAAGUAAGUAAUCGAAAAACUUUCUUCUUUGUUCGUCCUAUCUAUAAGAGGAGAGCAUAUGAAAAAUGUAACCCAUUCUUUUGUUUUUUUAGCUCACUGGCCAUUCGCUGGGAGUUUCGGGCUUAAUACCGAUAUUUUAGCAACAAAUCUAAUAAAUCUAACUGUAGUGGUUGGUGUAUUGAUUUUUUUUGGAAAGGGAGUGUUAAAAGAUUUAUUAGAUAAUCGAAAACAGAGGAUUUUAAGUACUAUUCGAAAUUCGGAAGAAUUGCGUAAAGGGACCCUUGAACAACUCGAAAAAGCUCGUAUUCGAUUACAGAAAGUCGAACUGGAAGCAGAUGAGUAUCGAAUGAAUGGAUACUCUGAAAUAGAACGAGAAAAAGAAAAUUUGAUUAAUGCUACUUCUAUUAGUUUGGAACAAUUAGAAAAGUCUAAAAACGAAACCCUUUAUUUUGAAAAACAAAGGGCGAUGAAUCAGGUCCGACAACGGGUUUUCCAACAAGCUGUACAAGGAGCUCUAGGAACUCUGAAUAGUUGUUUGAAUACCGAGUUACAUUUCCGUACGAUUCGUGCUAAUAUUGGCAUUCUCGGGGCCAUAGAAUGGAAGAGAUAAUUCAAUUUAUUAGGUUUUGAACUUCUACUUUUGUUUAGAAUUUAGGCAUUAUUUUUCCCUUGCUUCCAAAAAAAAAAAAA